GUCCUUUUCUUGAGUCAAUUAGCUACUAGCCACAAAUUCCCUCUUCAAGAAAAAAGAAAGGAUAACAACAACUCCAAAAAAAAAAGAGAAAAAAUGGCACUACAACUUCAACAUUUAUCAUCUUCAUCAACUCCUAAAUUCACCACCUUUGCUUCUUCUUUAUUGGUACCAAAUUUCCAAAAUGUUGUGUGUGCCUCAAAAUUAAAAAAUGGAGGCAUAACAAGUGUAAAAAAUCUAAGAUUAUCAUCAUCAAGAAUUAGAAAAAGAAGGAAUAUAUUUUUGUUUAGAAUAUCAGCUUCAAUUUCACCUCUUGAUUUGACUGAAGACAACAUUAUCCAAGUCUUAGAAGAUGCAAAGGCUGAGUUGGCACAACUUUUUGAUACUUCAGUUGGGAUAACAGGGAAAGCAGAACUAGCAGAAGUGGAUGGACCUUAUGUGAAACUUAGAUUAAGUGGCAAGUUUUGGCAUAAACGUUCUACUGUUGUAGCAAGACUUGGUAAUUACUUGAAGCAAAGAAUUCCUGAAAUCUUGGAGGUGGAUAUAGAAGAUGAGAAACAAUUAGAUGAUAGCCCUGCAAACUUUUGAGAGUUGAAGAGAGGCCUUUCAGUUCGUUCAAAGACACUAAAGACGAGCUAUUACAGAUUGAAUGGUCCAAAAGCUCAUCAACCUGUCCAAGGGAUCAUGAGACGAGUGCCUCGUUUUGUAGGAUCAUACUUUUUUUGUCAUUCAAAGCCAAAAGGUACUAAUAGUUGAGAACAAGUUCCCAAACAUUAGUGGUUCUUUAUUUCUUGAUGGUAUUUUAAAAAUAAAAAAUCAAAGGAAGAUUUAUUCAGUAA